AUGGCACUGUUAACACCGCAGGGAGUAAAAGAAGUCUUCCAGCUGCCGAAACAGAGAGGCCAGGAGCACCUGCGGAGACUGCUGCACUGGGAGGAGCAGGAUGGGCGCUGGAACCUGCGCAGGAGCAUCUUGCUGGACGCCCUCUAUGACAGCGUCCUCUUCGCAGCGGGAGGAGGCUUCCCCUGGCUGGAGGUGGCGCGGGCUGUCAAGUUCACCGAGGAGCUGCUGGUGGAGACCAAAGGUUGUUCUGUCACUGAGGCAGUGAGGAUUCUGGGGAGCAAGCUCAUGGACUACCAGCAGCAGUUCACCACCCAGCACCUGCUGGCCCUCUGUGACUACUUCCACAACACCUUCAUCCGCCACUACCGGCUCUACCAGUAUGUCCUGGGCCAGGACCAGGAUAUCAACCUGAGUGUCACCCACCUGGAGGUGUGCACACCGCCCCAGCCCCUGCCGCUGGUGGAGGGCACACACAAGGACACAUGGAGGCAUGAGCAGCAGGUGGCUGCACUGGGGGCUGCCGAGGAGCAGAAAUACAAGGACGUGAGGCUCCUGAAGGAGGCGCUGCAGGCAGAGGAGGCGCGGCUGCUGGAGAGGACAUUUGAGCACGCAGGGGCCCAGAGCACUGAGGGGACACAGCCAGGUCAAGGCCUGUGCAGAGAGGCACUAAAGCACCUGGUCCAGGAGGCUGCCAGCAUCCAGACCAAGAGCCUGGGGCAGCAGCUGCAGUGCCAGAUCCAGGCAGCUUUCGACAUCCUGGACCUGCGGCUCCAGAGGCAGAUGCUGAGGCUCAGUGCGCCCCAGCCCUUCCCACCCCCUGGCCCCGGACAGCAGGGCCUGGAGGAUUCCAUCAGGUCCCACAAAGGCCAGCGAGGGAAGAAAGCCAUGGCGAAGUAG